AUGUCUUCAACAAAUGCUGCAUCCUCAAUUGACUAUAAAACCCUCUUUGAACAAGAAAAACAAUUGAAAGAAGAAGCUCUUGAAAAACUUGAAAGAGUAAAUACAACUGCAAUUCUUAUUAUUAAUAAAUUGCAGCGAGAAAAUGUUAGUCUCAAGGAUGAAAAAAGUAUACUUGUUGAAGAAAAAAAAAACCUAUUUGAAAAAAAUAUGGAAUUAAUCGAAGAAAAUGAAUCUCUUAUUAUCCGUAAUCAAAUAUUGGUUAUGGAAAAAAAUCAUCUUGAAAGAAUUUAUCAAGAAAUGUCGGAUUUUUUGAUGUUUCUUUUGGAUUUCUUUGAUGAUGAUUAUGACAAUUAUCUACUUGAUAGAGAAAAAUGUAAUAAUUUUAUUUAUCAUAAAGAUAAUUUUUACUACAUUCCAAACAUAAAUAAUGAUGAUGAUUAUCGUAUAUUAUGUUGUUAUAUGUAA